GAUAAAAAUUCCGAAUUGACUCCCACUCGCCAGCUCGCCUUGGGACUUGGGGAGGGAGCGUCAUCGUGCUUGAGGAAGGCAGGACAAGCAGGAGUUACAGUCCGAGUUUCAGUGUCGUACAUAAGGAUUUACCUACGUUGGCGCAUAAGCGAUCAUACACUAGUACUCUUCUGAAGUGAUAAGUUUGGGGAUAGAGAAGAUGUGUUGCUCCACCCGAUGUGUUUACAUCGCCACCCUCACUCUUGGCAUCAUCAACGUUCUUGUAAUGUGUGUUGCCUCAGCUGUGACUUUCACGCUUACCUAUUAUUCGGCUCUUAUGUAUGGUCCUGGUCCUGACUACCCCAACAGCCCCCACUUCAUGAUACUGCCUUGGAGUGUGAUAUUUAUCCUCUGCUGUUUUUAUCUCUACAACACCAUCUACAUCCUUCUGCUCAUCACGCGUGACGACUUCCCGACUGAAGAUUCUCUGGCAAACCUCCGCACCAGCCUGGCCAAGACCAUCUUUCUUCUCCUGAUCAACCUCAUCAUCCUCUUCACCUCCCCGGCAUACAAUCCUGUAAUCUUUGGCAUCAGUUGGAUUUUUAUGUUUCCUCUGAGUUUUGGAGGGUUGGCUUGGGACCUGCAAAGGAAGAUGUGGAUGACCAUUCCUGGGCUCCCUCGUCACUCCCCCCAUAGGAAUCAAAUUAUCAACUAUCCCCAUUAUGAAGCAAUGCUCAACCCCCAACCAGGUUCUAAUCCAAGUCCAGGUGGCAUCACUUUGGAUUGUGCUCAGAUGGGUAACAUAGCCUUCAGCGCAGGAAACCUUCAGUAGGACUGUUGCACUGGGAACAACUGGAAGGAGGCGCAGUGUGGCCACUAACACAAAUAUUGUUUGGCCUGUACAAAAUAAUUGUUUGGCCUGUAAGGAAAUCAUUGUUUGGCUUGUAAGGAAUAUAUUGUUUGGCCUGUAAAAAAAUAAUUGUUUGGCCUGUAAGAAAUUCAUUGUUUGGCCUGCAAAGAAUUCAUUGUUUGGCCUGUAAGGAAUUUAUUGUUUGGCCUGUAAUGAAAUCAUUGUUUGGCCUGUAAGGAAUUCAUUGUUUGACCUGUAAGGAAUUCAUGUUCAGCCUGUAAGGAAAAUAAUGUUCGGCCUGUAAAAAAAUAAUUGUUUGGACGGCAAGGAAUUCAUUGUUUGACCUGUAAGGAAUACAUUGUUUGGCCUGUAAGAAAUUCAUUGUUUGGCCUGCAAGGAAUUCAUUGUUUGGCCUGUACAAAAAUAAUUGUUUAGCAUGUAACGGAUUCGUUGUUUGUUCUGCUAGGAAUUCAUUGUUUGGUCUGCAAGGAAUUUCAUUGUUUGGUCUGUAAGUAAUUCAUUGUUUAGCCUGCAAGGAAUUCAUUGUUUGGCCAGUAAGAUAUUAAUUGUUUUGCCUGUAAGGAUUUCAUUGUUCGGCCUGUAAUGAAUACAUUGCUUAACCUGUAAGAAAUUCAUUGUUUGGCCUGCAAGGAAUUCAUUGUUUGACCUUCAAGGAAUUAAUUGUUUGGCCUGCAAGGAAUUCGUUGUUUGGUGGUCUGUAAAAAAGAAUGCUUGAUCAUUUGAUAUGUUUUCUAAGGAUGUUUACUUAAUGCCAUUGUUUGUUCUUCAAGGGUGAUUCAGUUGUAAGGGGGGAGGGAGAUAUAUGUUUUUGUCAUUAUAAUCUGUUUCUUUAACUGAUAAAGAAAUAUUAUGUGUAAGAGGAAAUAAUUUUCUUUUAUAUAAUUAUAAUAUUGUUUUUUAUGUCUUUUCUCUGUUAGUACAGUAUAUUAUAUAUCUUCUAUA